UGAGCUCGCCUGUGAGUCGGAGACCCGCAGCGCGGUUCGUUGACUCUGUUCCGAGCCGUCUCCCGCGGCCCGAGGCCGUCCGUCGCCGCCUGCCCGCCCGCCGGCCGCAGAGCCGCGCCUGCGCAGCGUCCCCGGCCCGAGCAGGCGGCGCCGGCGGCCAUGGCGCACCGCUGCCUGCGGCUUUGGGGCCGGGGAGGCUGCUGGCCCCGCGGCCUGCCCCCACUGCUCGUGCCUGGGGGCCGCAUGGGCCCCACCGACCGUUCCUGCCUUCGGACGCUUUAUCGAUACGCUACAACUCAGGCAACAACCAGCAGAAAUUCUCUUCUGACAGAUGUAAUUGCUGCUUAUCAAAGAUUCUGUUCUCGACCUCCAAAAGGAUUUGAAAAAUACUUUCCUAAUGGAAAAAAUGGGAAAAAAGCUAGUGAACCUAAAGAAGUUACCGGAGAAAAAAAAGACUCAAAGCCAGCUGCUACCCCACGCCCUUCUGGAGGAGGAGUUGGUGGCGGUGGAAAACGAGGUGGCAAGAAAGAUGAUUCUCACUGGUGGUCCAGAUUCCAGAAGGGUGACUUUCCAUGGGAUGACAAGGAAUUCAGGAUGUACUUUCUCUGGACUGCUCUAUUUUGGGGUGGAGUCAUGUUUUACUUCCUGUUCAGGAGCUCCGGGAGAGAAAUCACAUGGAAGGACUUUGUCAAUAACUAUCUUUCCAAAGGAGUAGUAGACAGACUGGAAGUCGUCAACAAGCGUUUUGUUCGAGUGACUUUUACACCAGGAAAAACUCCUGUUGAUGGGCAAUACGUCUGGUUUAAUAUUGGCAGUGUGGACACCUUUGAGCGGAAUCUGGAAACCUUACAGCAGGAAUUGGGCAUAGAAGGGGAGAAUCGGGUUCCUGUUGUCUACAUUGCUGAAAGUGACGGCUCGUUUCUCCUGAGCAUGUUGCCCACGGUGCUCAUCAUCGCUUUCUUACUCUACACCAUCCGGAGAGGGCCUGCCGGGAUUGGUCGGACAGGCCGGGGGAUGGGUGGACUCUUCAGUGUUGGAGAAACCACUGCCAAAGUCUUGAAGGAUGAGAUAGAUGUGAAGUUCAAAGAUGUGGCUGGCUGUGAGGAGGCCAAACUAGAGAUAAUGGAAUUUGUGAAUUUCUUGAAAAACCCAAAGCAAUAUCAAGAUCUAGGAGCAAAAAUCCCAAAGGGUGCCAUUCUCACUGGUCCUCCAGGCACUGGGAAGACACUGCUGGCUAAGGCCACAGCUGGAGAAGCCAACGUCCCUUUCAUCACCGUUAGUGGAUCUGAGUUUUUGGAGAUGUUUGUUGGUGUGGGUCCAGCUAGAGUCCGAGACUUAUUUGCCCUUGCUCGCAAGAACGCCCCCUGCAUUCUCUUCAUUGACGAAAUAGAUGCUGUGGGAAGGAAAAGAGGAAGAGGCAACUUUGGGGGACAGAGUGAGCAGGAGAAUACACUCAAUCAGCUGCUUGUGGAAAUGGAUGGUUUUAACACAACAACAAACGUCGUCAUUUUGGCAGGCACCAAUCGACCAGAUAUUCUAGAUCCAGCACUGAUGCGGCCAGGGCGCUUUGAUAGGCAAAUCUUUAUUGGACCACCUGACAUAAAAGGAAGAGCCUCUAUUUUCAAAGUUCAUCUCAGACCACUAAAACUGGACAGUGCCCUGGAAAAGGAGAAACUGGCAAGAAAACUUGCAUCCUUGACUCCAGGGUUUUCAGGAGCUGAUGUUGCUAAUGUCUGUAAUGAAGCAGCCCUCAUUGCUGCGAGACACCUUUCAGAUUCCAUAAAUCAGAAACACUUCGAACAAGCUAUUGAGCGAGUGAUUGGUGGCUUAGAGAAAAAAACCCAGGUUCUGCAUCCCGAGGAGAAAAAGACUGUGGCUUACCAUGAAGCAGGUCAUGCAGUUGCCGGGUGGUAUCUGGAACAUGCAGACCCACUUUUAAAGGUCUCCAUCAUCCCACGGGGCAAAGGACUAGGUUAUGCUCAGUAUUUACCCAAAGAACAAUACCUGUACACCAAAGAGCAGCUCUUGGAUAGGAUGUGCAUGACCCUGGGUGGCCGGGUGUCGGAAGAAAUCUUCUUCGGGAGGAUUACAACCGGCGCUCAAGACGACUUGAGGAAAGUGACUCAGAGUGCCUAUGCUCAAAUUGUUCAGUUUGGCAUGAAUGAAAAGGUUGGGCAAAUCUCCUUUGAUCUCCCACGUCAGGGUGAUAUGGUUUUAGAGAAGCCUUACAGCGAAGCCACCGCAAGACUGAUAGAUGACGAAGUACGAAUACUUAUUAAUGAUGCUUAUAAAAGGACAGUGGCUCUCCUCACAGAGAAGAAAGCUGAUGUGGAGAAGCAAGGAGUCCUUAAAGAGUGUUGAAAUGAAGAAGCUCAUCAUUUGCGGGAGUGUGGCAGCCCAGGGAGUGGCAGAGACUGGCUCAGGGGCUGGUGCCGGUCGCUCAGUCGGACACAGUGCCGGGGCUAGCACUGGAAGUAGGGCAAAGGCAGAUCUGAAACAAACUGAGAUUUAUUGGUUAAAUGCACGGAGUGAACGAGAAGAAAGCCCUUGAGAUGAUGACUCCUGGUGGCAAACACAGAGGGUGGGGAUCAGUCUUGAACCCAAGAGAACACGAGCAGUGGGCAUUUGCGAAUGAAAUGUGGACAGCAAGUCCAGGCUGGAGAUAGGAUCUGUUGGUGGUCCCCCGCAUAGCCAGAUGUAGAAAAGAAGGACCUGAGCCAUGGAGGACCGUGGAGGAGCUCACUCGAGACCCCUAGCUGCAGGAGGACAGUGUGCAUUCAUGGAUUCAAGAGGAAGCUUCCACAUGCACACCAUAGAUGCCAAACAGGUCCAGGGAGUUGGACCCAGUUAUCUAGCCUUCUGAACGUACAGUGCAUAUACUGACAGUGGUAACAAAGACGUGUGUGGGAAAGGGAAUGGAUUCAGCGGAGUGAGGAUCUGGAAACACUGCGGAGUCCUGAAGUACUGUUUGGCCCAUUUGAGAAAAUUAAAUCUGUAAAGAGUAAUGUUGAGCCAGCCAGGAGAUGGGGAGCCAUCAAGAGGAGAGGUGGCUGGAGACUUUCCUGCUAGGACUAGUGUCCUCCAAAUUCUGGGCCUCAGUUGACUCCUCUGCUGGACAGGAUAAUACAUCAGGGCUAAGCUUUAGGAGAAUAAGAGUAACCGGCUAGCAUCCACCUAUCAUCCACCCGGUGUACUGGGUACCGCUUAAGAUGCAUGAACUUCUCUAAAGCUCCCUGCAGCCUUAGGAGGUGGA